UGGAGAUAUUUGGAGAAAUUGAGAGUAUUGUGGAGGCGUACUACGAGGAAAACAAACGGCUGCGGAAUGUACUGCACAUGGUGCUCAACCCCGAGAUAAAGUUACCCAAAAUAGGUUUGUCACCUUUGGUUAACUUACGAAUCAUAACCGGCUUACGGUAGUUACCUCAAUUCAACUUGAAUUAUUGACGUAAAUUGCAGCAAUGUGAGGUUUUGAGCCGGUCUGAAAAUGAACUAGCUAGCUAAACGACAGGACGAAACGUAGACAGUUUAACCGUCUAAAUUAGCAUUUGUUGCUGUUUUCACGCACAUACACGCAGUGUCUUUGCUCUGAAGGACUCUUUGCAUGCUAUCAUUUGAGAAGAAUAUGGAUUUCAUAUGAUAUCCAAAACACAGGAGCAACUGCAGAUGCCAGUGCUGAACAGCUGAGCGCAAGGGUGGACCUGGAAAGAGCAGAGCCUUUGCCUAAAAAACCGAAAGAAGAGCAAAUUGAUUAUGACAUAUGUUGCGAAACAGAACAACAACAAGUGCAAGUGGAAGCGGAAACCUUUAUUAGCCCAGACUGUGUGAAAAAUGACCCAGAGGAAGAAGAAGACACAAGCAUGCCCUGCAUAUCUGACUCAUUCCAUAUUAAAGUGGUUGAGGUCAACCCCAACUCUUCUGGCACGCUCACAGCUGAUGAAGAAGAGGACUGUUCUGCAUCAGACUCAGACGCAGUCUCAGAUUGCUCACAGUCAUCAAGGAGUGACGAAAGCAUGAGUGAAAGUGCAGAAGCUCAGACACAUGAUGCAAAGUCCAUCCAUCCAUCGAAGAAGCCAAAGUUGAUCCUGCAGAAAACCAUGCUAGAAUUACCAAGGAUGGUGCCCCACCAAUCUUUCCUUCCUGACCCAAAUGAAUUCCAGUCCUUUUUGGCCAGACUCACUGAAGCCUUCAAGGAUUUUCCAGAUGACAAGAAGCCUCUGAUCACCAAAAUGGGCCUCACAAAGAAUGUAGAUUUAGUGGAUUGUGCUUUUGGUAAAGUCCCCAAAGGUUCCCCCUUGUCCUACCAGUGCCCUGUACCAUCACAGCGGGAUUUCAAGAAAAAUGAUGAUGCUCCUCCUCGGCCACUGCUUCCCCUGGCCCAUCACAAGCUGGAGCCAAUGACGGGUAUUCCUACCCUCAGCACCGAAGAGCUGGAACAUAUGAACGUCAUGGCGAUCUCCUGGGAGGCAGCACAAAGUCUGGAGGAGACGUCACGUGAAAGCAAGGAGUCAGUGGAGGAGCUACGGAAUCUGCGCUUGACCGGUCAUUUCAAGGAGAUCUGCAAACUGAAACCAGGACGAAGCAACGCGGAGCACCUGAUAUUCAAGAUAAAGAAGAGAUUCAUCAGGUGCAAGUCUGUACAGGUAGAGGAGGAACUGAAGGCCGGCGCACUCCGGGAGUACUGUAAGCAUCUGUGUGUUAACUGGUCCCCCUGCGGUUUGGUCAUCCAUCCCAAUGCUCCAUGGCUGGGGGCCCUGCCUGACGGGUUGGUGUACGACCCCAACGAGACACCCAGUUACGGGCUGGUGCACGUCAAAUGCAUCGGUUUACGCAGCUUCACAGAGUGCCGCUUCCUGAUCUGCCGGGACGGAGCUCUGCAGCUGAAGAAGACCCACUCUUCCUACUGGCACAUCCAAGGAGAGAUGAUGGUGACGGGCACGGAGUGGUGCGACAUGCUGGUGUUCUCGAGAGAAGACAUGCUGGUUCAACGCAUCUAUCGAGACGCGACGAUCAUCAAGGCCAUGAAGAAGAAGUUGGAUGAUUUCUUUUUCUAUUACUACCUGCCGUGUCUGUUUUGAGCUGACGGCACAGCUUGAGCGUCGCCACACUGCUGUCAUACACUACUUGCACCUGAAUGUGAUCAGACCACUAAUGUUCUACUGGCGUUAUUAGAUAUUAGGGCUGAAUGAUAAGGAGAAAAAAAUCGUGUUGUGAUUAUCUUAACUGAUACUACAGUUGCAAUAUUAUUCAUAAUGUAGGAGGAAAUUAUAAUUUCUGCAGCAUUAUUCUCAUUGAAAAAAUGCAUUAAAAUGUUAACGAUGUGACCUUUACCACACAGAUUGUAAAAUACAAUGUAUAGCCUUGUGCAUCUUGCAGCACCACAAUACUUCAUUAGGAAUUGUAUUUGAACACGUUUUGCCUACAACACAUAUUGCACCUCCUGCGAUUUCUAAUCAGUUGUUCAGCCCUGUUGAAUAUAUACAUCUUCUUAUGGGUUUCCUUCAGUCUAAUCUAAGAGGAAGAUCUUGGUUUUUUUUUGUAAACAUUCUGUUUUGUUAUUGAUUAAUCUGCUGAUUAUUCUAUUAUUCAUUUCUUCUACAUAUUUAAGAAAAGAAGUGAAACACGUCUACCUCAUGCCCACGCUUACAUAGAUUAUUUCUGACAAUAUUUUGUUUGCUAUCAUGCAAGAAAUAACAAAUGGCCUAAUGCAUAUUUUAGAAGCGGCAACAUGGGAUUAAAUCACAUUUUCCCUGAAAAAUUGCAAACAUAAUCAACAGAUUGCAAUUGAGUGUUGUUGUUUUUUUGCUCUGUUUUGUCAAUUUUUGUUUUGUUUUUGUGUUUGUUUUUAACACAUAAGCAUUAAAGGUUCAAAUGCUUAAUCCAGUGGUGUUACUGUUGUUCUGAAAUAGCAUGACUUCAAGUCUUUGAAUGUUCAAAAAUAAAAAUACAUUAACCAUA